AUGGGACAGGAUAUCUAUGGCGUAACAAUGAUGAAAGUUGUCGCAAUGGAAAACUGGGGACUGAUAAUUGUUCGACAAAAGCUGUUGCUCAAUAAUAGCACAAUUUCAACGCUGACGGAAACCCGACUAACCCAAGUUGUGCUCGCCCACGAAAUUGCACAUCAGUGGUUCGGCAAUUUGGUGACGAUGAAGUGGUGGGACGACUUAUGGUUGAACGAGGGAUUUGCGUCCAUGAUCGGUCUAAAAGCGAACGAUGUCCUUUCUAAUACAACGAUGAGUCGGGCCACACUGAUUAUACUGAUGAUGGAGCGCAUUGUAAGCGAGGUGACGUUCCGUGACGGCCUUCGGAUGUUUCUUCACAAAUUCAUGUAUAAGAAUGUCGACCACAAUGAUCUUCUAACGGUACUUACAAGAGUCUAUGCUGGUUCCACGAUAGGUGGACGUCUAGUUGGUCAGAACUUCACCUUAGCCGAGGUGAUUGAGACGUGGAUUUACCAACAAGGUUUCCCUUUGCUUCACGUCAGAAGGCGCAGUGACGGAUAUGUUCUAGUUACACAAGAAAUUUAUCGGCACGUUCCCGGUCACAAAGCGAGCGGUGUACAGUGGAAGAUUCCGAUUUUUCUUCGAGAUUCAAGUACAUUGAAACCAACGGUGAGGUGGUUGGUUGAGAACUCCACAGUCGUACUAGAUCUGCGUGCAGACAUGGUGCUUGACAGAGAUGGGCGAAGCUUUGUGCGAGUACGAUACGACACGGAGUCUUACUUGGAUAUUACAGCACGGCUUCACGCUGAUACUGCAUAUCCUCCGGUGAAAAUGCUGAACGCCCAUCUGGACUUUCUGGUCUCACGACUCACAACCCACGCAAAGUUUUCUGAAUUUCAGCUGUUUAUUAUCACAAUACUUGAGCCGCUGUUCGAACACUUUCAACGAAAUCCAUUACUGGAAAGGAUGAAAAUACAUGAAGAAAUACCUCCUUAUGUUCGUCAGCCGCUCUAUUCAACUGCCAUUAUGUAUGGAGACGAUGAUAUCUUCGAAUUUAUGUACUCUAAAUGGAAAGAGGAAGUGUAUCAGAUAGAGAAGGAAAGAAUUUGGAUUGCGCUGGGAGCGAGCAAGAAGAAGGAGCACAUUCACAGAAUCUUCGACGACAUAUUUUUCAACAAACAUCCACGAGAUCUAAGACACAUGUGUGCUAGUUAUGUUAGCUACAAUCAUCCAAUCAAUCAUUUCACUUCUUAUGUGCUCGAAAAUGUGGAUCGAAUUAAAGUCGCCGUUCACACAAAUGGGUUUUCCGUCGAGCUCUUACUUCAAACAUUCGCACGAGGAAUUGUGAGAGUGGAAGACAUACCCAUGUUCAAUACGGUGGUGGAGCACCUCGCUCCUGCCGUUUCUGCAAAACUCGCGGCGCAGUUACGUGCACGAAUCCGAUCAGUGAGUGUUUGGAUGGCUACCUAUGGGGACAGUGUCAUUAACAAUGUCACAGUAAUCAUGAGCAACCUAAAUGGGUUAAAAUCGAGCACUCAUGCUUAUGGAAAAAAGCUUUGA